AACAGUGUUUACUUUGCAUACAAGACCAGCGAUCAGCCAUGGGAUUCUUCCACGGGAAGACCUCCAAGCAGACGUCCAGGCUUAAGAAGCUUCUCGAGCUCGCCUUGUCGCGCCUCGCCGUUGCCCGCCGCCCCCGCCUCGCUCGCAGGUCAAUCUGCCGCGGCGAUGUCGGCCAGCUCCUCUCCCUCGGCCACCUCCACCGAGCUCUCCUUCGCGCAGAGCAGGUCAUAGAGGAAGACAACAUGCUGCAGGCGUUCGAGAUCAUUGAGCUCCACUGCAAGCGACUCAUUGAGCAUGCCAAGCAGUUAGACAAGCCACAGGAGUGCAGCGAGGGAACAAUGGAGGCGGCUGCCGGGAUCACGUUUGCAGCCAGGUGGUGCGGCGAUCUGCCGGAGCUCCUGCUCGCGCGCGCCAUCCUAGAAGACAAGUUCGGCGGCGACUUCGCUGCGGCGGCGAAGGAGGGAGCCGGCAUUGUCGAUCCCAUGCUGGUGUGGAAGUUGUCCGGCGACAAGACAGACAUGGAGCUGAAGAAGAAGGUGACCAAGGAGAUCGCCGCUGAAAACAGUAUCCUCGUGGACUUCUCCGAGCUCAAGGAACAGGAAGGAAUCGAGCAGGACUGAGUGGCUGACAUUGGCGGCAGUCCACACUGUUAGGAGUUCGACAGUGUGACAAGAAGGCAUGGAUGAAAGUUGAGUCCGGAAUCCGGGGAGCAGAGAGGAGAAUGCAUUUGACACUUCCAAUUCUGACGAAUCAAACUAUGGGCAGCUGAAAAACCGAAGGUGACAGCUUCGGGGCGCAUAGAAGGAAGAUGAAUUUUCCAAUGCAACAAAUUAUGCAAAAAAUGGAUGGAUUGUGCAUGGAGUGAUCGAGGAUUUAACAACUCUUUGUAUGUAGAGAUAUGGGUAGCAUUUGGAUUGUGAACUUGGGAGUAAUUGCUUCAAAAGGAGUUUGUGACCAUUGGAUGCAAA